AUGUCGAACGAGGCCCCCGUGGCAGAGUCGGCUCUGCUUAAUCGUCGUCGCCGUCGUAAAUCGCUGCCUUCGCGCAAUGGAACCGAUCCAACCUCGCCUGAAGUCAUUUCAUCCCUCAUUUCCUCUCUUUCCACCAUAUCUGUCCCCCUAAACUCGCAUUUUGAUACCGUCCCGAAGAUCGACAACGAAGAUUCAUUGCCAGUACCGCGCACAGCGCCAGUCUAUUCCCUUCCGUCUGAACAUGGGUUUGGAAUGAGUUACGGCGCCUACAAGCCAGCGGAGCCAUCUGCGGCACCUGACCCAUUUCUACACCCGAACGAUGCGGCCUCGUCGCCUGUUAUUCGCAUGGCUAGGGCGCCCCCGUCAUCCAAGUCGCCCCGAUCCCCGAGAUUUAAGCCCUUCAGAACAGCCGACUCAUCGUCCACCCGCCCGGCCUCGAGGGAGUCCUAUACAUCUGUCAUAGCUGCCCCAGAGCCCUCCUCAUUCGGAACGAUCAGCACGGAACCUGGACCCCGCCAAUCAACCCCAAGCAUUGCUUCGAACAGUUCCGCCGGGCGGACAAGAAGCCUGAAGGGUCCAUUUAGUCUACUGAAGAAGUCAUCACGAGAAUUCAUGGGCGAGAAGGAUCCACAAGUUGAGCGCCUGCGAAAGACUACUAGCUACAACGAUAGUCUACGACACAAUGUCCCGCGCAACCGAGCAAGCUUGCGCUCAUUUCAUUCUAUGGCGGAAGUUACAGAGGAGGCUCGUCCUCCGGAUGUCAAGGAAGAGCCCUACGAAGAGAAGGUCGCCUGCACUCCACCAUCCAAAGAUCACCAGUCAUUCAACGGCACUCCAGAUGCUAGUAAUCCCGGCGGAAUUGGAAGCGGUAGAAUCAUUCCAACUCGCGACUCAUCUUUGCGACAUCGGCAUAGCCAGUCGUCGAGCUCGAAAAAGCACCGGUCUGCUCGUCAUAGUAGAUACCCGUCCACGGCUAGCAAAGAGUUCAACACAGAUAAUGGAUUACCGGGAACAAGCAAUGAUGCAGAACAGGUGACGCGCCGGAUCCAAGAGUUGAAAGACCAGCAACAGAAGAUCAAGACCGAGCUAGAGGCGGAGAAUAGCCCUGAACACUCGACUAAGACGAGCCCCGUAAAGCAGCCAAGGGCUUCAAAGGCAUCGCGCGUUCUAGGUUAUGAUGUCAACGAGACCAUGCAGAAUGGACCAGGCCGCAAUCAUUCAUCUUUUCACGAAAGUGCUCCUUCGCCGAACGUGAUGACAGGGAAAAGUCGCACCGGGAGCCGACCAGGGGCACCACUCGCAUCGAAGUCUACUCACCUACCAGCGCAGUUGGCCAAGCCACCUGCGGAACACACGGAUUCUGAAAAAGCUAGAUACAGACAGUCCCUCGAGCCAAUCGCACCAACCCAUCAUCGCCGCACCCCAUCCGGUCAUUUAUCUCAUCUGUCAAAUGGGCGUCCCUCGUACAGCACCGAACGACCAUCCAGUGUGGAUUCAAUUGAUCUUGCUGUUGACGACUAUAUCUUUUCGCCCAAGCUGACUCAGAGAGUGAUUCACCCAACCACCGGCCGCUCUAUCGCCUUCUCUGAAGUCGGCGAUCCUAAGGGCCAUGUCGUGCUAUGCUGUGUCGGCAUGGGUCUCACUCGGUAUCUGAUGGCAUUUUAUGAUGAGUUGGCUCGGACGCUCAACCUACGACUAGUCACGUUGGAUCGUCCUGGCGUUGGUGAGAGUGGUCCACAUCAGGGAGAUGAGCCAAGCACCCCUCUGAGCUGGCCCGAUGAUGUUGCAAUCGUUUGCAACCACCUCCGAGUGACCAAAUUUUCCAUCCUUGCCCAUUCAGCAGGGGCGAUUUACGCUCUUGCAACGGCUCUCCGAAUUCCGCAGCAUAUUCGCGGCCGUAUUCAUCUCUUAGCCCCAUGGAUUCCUCCAUCUCAGUUGUCUACAAUCGGCUCUCAGAAGGAUCCCGCGCCCACCAACGCGGUCCCUUACUCCCAAAAGAUUCUUCGUGCUCUUCCCACAUCCCUUCUCAAAGUGGCCAAUUCAAGCUUUAUGAGUGCCACUAGUGCCAGCAUCACCACCAGUCUACCCAAGUCCCCGCGACGGGCCAAGCGUAAGGCUGCUACCAAAGAAGCUUCUAAUGCGAAUGCCAUCCCUCCAGUACCACCUAUACCUUCCGUUGAAAACAACCCGCAGACCCAGCGAGUGGACAUUGUACCGAAUCUCAAACCGUCGGCCCCGACCACCGCUUCCUAUAGAAAGAGUGAUACGACUCUCGGGUCUUUCACAAAGUCUCCAGAAGACGAGGUCGAACGGCAGCGUGAUUAUGAUACCCGUCUCACCUACAAGAUCUGGGAGCUGGCUACCACCAACGCCAAUCCGGCCGUUGAUUUGCUAACCUGCCUCGAGCGUCGCCAAACAAUUGGAUUCCGCUACGUGGACAUCACGCGAUCAGUGGUGAUGCACCAUGGUAGCAAAGACCCCCGCGUUCCAGUAGAGAAUGUCCAGUGGCUUGGCAAGACGAUGCGCCGCUGCGAGGUCCGGAUUCUCGAAGGCGAAGGCCACGGUCUCAUGGCAUCUGCUGGGGUUAUGGGCGGUGUCUUGACUGAGAUUGCCAAGGAGUGGGAGGACUGGACGAUUCUUGUUCAAGGCAAACGCCGAGCCACUGCCAGCCAUGCUGCACGUCCCGGACUCUCAAUUCAUACUUGA